AAUAUAGGUAUAUAUAUAUAUAUAUAGUAUAACGUUAUAUAUUUAAAUAUUUUAGUGAUGGCUUCCAGGAAAUAUAAAUAUCAACGGCGGCAAGACAGUACUUCGGCUGAACAUUGUUGUGUCCCGUUAUGUGAGGCCUCGUCAAAGUUUAAUUCUGUACUGAGUUUCCACACUUUUCCUGUGGACGAAGAAUCACGCAGAAAGUGGUUUCACAACAUUCGACGUGAGAGAUUUAACAUCACAUCUCAUACAAGGGUCUGCAGUCGUCACUUUAAAAGUGAUGAUCUGAUUGAGCCCUCGACCCCUAAAGGGCGUCGCUUGCUGCCAAAGGGAGCUGUACCAACCUUGUUCCAGUCGAACGACUACUUCGUGGCUGAACCAAGGCGCUCCGGGGUAUGGCAAAGACGGGACACUCAAGUGGAUGAGGUUCCUGAGCCAAUGAAUGCUCAUUAUCUGGAGCAUGAUUAUUGUUUAGUCCCAGAACCCGCGGCAGUUGAUAAUGCACUGGACAAGACCGAAGAUCUCGAAAAAAAGGUGGACCGACUAAUGAGACAGGUGGAGGAGCUGUCAGUCCGUCAAAGAUUUUGUUUGGGGCGAUUUGCUGCUUCCGACGAUGAUAUAAGGUUCUACAUUAGGUUCAUGACUUACAGGCAUUUAAUUAGUUUCUGGAAACUCAUUGAACCUGCAUCCCACAAAAUGAUUCGUGUGACCAGAGCAAGAGCAACUACAAUGAGGAGUGAAGCUGAAACAAGAGACAGUACAUGGGUAAAUAAAAAAUAG